CUUGGUGUUCACUCGGUAACGAUCAAGUUUCUUUUACUUAGUCAUAAAUUCAAUUAUAAUUUUCGAGGAACAGAAAACAUAAAUUCCGAGUGAUGUCGCGGAAAGUACUGCUAAUUACUAUUGCAGCGUGGCUGUUUGUGAACGUGCGAUCCGGUGUGAUCCUUCGGGAUGAAAACGAAGUUGAGGGAAGUGAAGACGAGAUUGAUUUGUCUGAACUGGGACUGGAUUUGUAUGGCGAGCCGGAUCCAGAGAUUGGAAAGCUGGUGGAGAACUAUGAUCCGGAGACACAUGACGUCAAUCCAGAGGAGCUGGGAUCGUACGUGGGUGGAGAUAUGUUGAUCAACAGACCCGCUGGCAGGAACGGGAUGGUGGACAAGAGCACUCGAUGGCCGGGUGGUGUGGUUCCGUAUGAAAUCAACGGAAACUUCCGGGCCAGCGAAAUGCAGAUGAUCGAGGACGCGAUCAACCAGUACCACAAGAACACGUGCAUCAAGUUCGUGCCCCACAUGGGCGAACGGGACUACAUCUCCAUCGAGAGCAGCAGCAGCGGCUGCUGGUCCAGUGUGGGACGGGUCGGUGGCAAACAGGAGGUCAACCUGCAGAUGCCCGGUUGCACCACCAAGGUCGGCACUAUUGUUCACGAGCUGAUGCACGCCCUUGGGUUCCUGCACGAGCAGAACCGCUACGAGCGGGACGAUUGGGUGCGCAUUCAAACGCAAAACAUCCAGCGAGGAACGGAGAACAACUUCUCCAAGGCCAAGGUCGGAACCACGGACGGAUUCGGAGUCGCUUAUGACUAUGGCAGCGUGAUGCACUACUCAGCGAAGGCGUUCUCGUCGAACGGACAGGACACGAUCGUGGCUAAGAAAUCCGGUGGCAACAAAAUGGGUCAGCGGAAUGGGUUCUCCCGGGGGGACAUCGACAAGCUUAACGGAAUGUACGGCUGCAAAGGCGGUAGCAGCUCCAGUAGCAGUGGGAGUACGUCCAGUGGAUCAGUUGCGUCGAAGCCACAGCGACCGGCACGCCCCGUCAAGCCGAACAGACGUCCCGGAAGCGGUCCCACUGGGGCUCAGGUUGUUGGAUUUAUCGGAAACCUCAUUGGUGCCGCCUUUGGAGACAACGAAAACAAUAGCACGACCAGCACUGUUGAAUAAAUGUAGAUCACUUUAUGUUUCGAAGCCUAGUUACGAACAAAACAUGACUCAUUCCUAACUCAUCUCAUGCCACUCUGUUUCUGUGUAGCACCUGUGAAAAUAAUCGAACAAAUAAAAAUACUGCCGUUGGUUAA